AUGAGUAGGGAUCAGGUUAAUAACAAUGUAUCGCGAACAAAAGUACAGAAGAGGAAGAUAACGACUGAUGAUUCUGUGGCUUCUUCAGUUGGUGGUUCGGGGUCUGUCUCAUCCACUAAGCAAACUUUAUUGGAUCAAGCUACUAAAAUUAAGAAUACCAAGAUGAAUGAUAUGAGAAAGAGAAAGCGAGAUUUGUUUAGCCGAAUAAAUUAUACUCAUACAUUGACUGUUGUGGUAUUACCAUUACUUUCCAUCCUUUAUUUAUUUCAAAUGGAUGAGCUGAUUGUACCUGAAAAUCAAUCAACUUUAUAUUUCACAUGUAUAUAUUAUAACAUCACCAUAUUAGCAUUUACCAGUGGAUAUCAUAAAUAUUUCACUCAUAAUUCAUUUAAAGUUAAGUUUAAUUGGUUAAGAUAUUAUUUCGCCAUAUUUGGAAGUAGUAUUGGAUUAGGAUCAAUCAGAUGGUGGGCAUCAUUACAUAGAGCACAUCAUCAUUUUACUGAUGAUACUGAACGAGAUCCAUAUCUGAUUAAACGGGGAGUUUGGUUUGCGCAUUGGGGUUGGUUAUUGCGAAAACCUAAAUUAAUGACUUUUUAUCAAGAAUUUAUAGAACAAGAAUUCCCACAAGAUCAACAGCGAGAACCAAAUAUCAUCAAGAAUGAAAUUGUGUUGGAAAAUGAAGAAAGUAUUGAAUUUGAUGGGGGCGAUAUUGAUCGCAAUAAUGAUUAUUAUCAUGACAAUAUUAAAGAUUUAUUAAUAUGGCAAGAAGCAACAUAUUUUAUUUGGUUUUCUGUUACCACGUUUGUCAUCCCCGUUAUUAUUACCAUGGUUAUAUGCCAAGAUACAAUCAUCAAUGGAAUAUUAUAUCCUGGGAUAUUACGUAUGUUUUUAGCCCAAUUAUCAAUUCUAUCCACCGAAUCAAUUUGUCAUCUCAAGAAUAUCCAAGUCACAAUCCCAACACAACCAUUCAGUGACAAAAACUCAUCACAAAAUUGUAAUAACCCCCUAAUUUCAUUUCUUACGUAUGGACAAGCCCAUCAAAACUAUCAUCAUGAAUUCCCUCAUGAUUAUCGUUCCGAUAAUGCAUUAUAUGCCUAUGACCCCACGAAAUGGUUUAUAUGGACUUUGGAGAAAUUAGGACAAGUGGAAGAAUUAUGUCGAACUCCAAAUAAUUUAGUUAUUCAAUUACGACUUCAACAACAACAACUAGUUAUAAAUCGAAUGAAAUCACAAUUGAAUUGGGGAACUCCAAUUUCAAAAUUACCUAAAAUUACCCCGAAAGAUUUCAAACGGAUUUUGAAUUCUCUGAUGAAUGAAGAUCGAAUCUAUAUUGUGAUUCAAAAUAUUAUUCAUGAUGUGACUCCAUUUAUGGAUCAACAUCCUGGUGGGGUUCCUUUGCUUAAAGCAUCCCAUGGGAAGGAUGCGACUAAAGCUUUCUAUGGUGGUGUGUAUGGACAUCUGACUGCUGCUGUGAAUUUGUUGGCGACUAUGAGGAUUGGGGUUUUAGAUGUCGGUAAUGAUGAAGAGGUUUGGAGGAGGGUUGUUAGGGAAGAAGGAGAGGUUGUGGAGUCUGAUUCUACUAGUCAACAAAAACAAUAUAGAAGUGCUGAGGCUGCAUAG